GCGGCGCAUGGACCAGCUGCUGGCCAGCAACAGGGCGGAGGGCAAGCUGCAGAAGGCGGUGCCCGCGGAGCAGCCAUUUCCGUGCAACCUGAGCCAGGCACGAUCCGCGGAGCCGCCCGACCACAUCUGGGAGCUGCGACCCGGCGACAUAGACAUAACGGCCGCCUUUGGGGAUUCGGUAAUCGCGGGCAAUGGGCUGCUCUCGCAAAGCUACCUGGACAUUGUGCCCGAGUUUCGGGGCUACAGCUUUUUGGGCGGCGGGCUGGGCAACUGGCGCACAGCGCUCACCCUGCCCAAUCUGCUGAAGCUGUACAAUCCGCAGCUGUACGGCUAUGCACGCACGCAUGGCCUGGUGGCGGACAGACAGAAGUCCGUGUUCAACAUAGCCGAGCCCAUGCUGACCAUGCGCGACUUGCCGUACCAGGCGCAUGUGCUCAUCGAGCGGCUGCAGAGCGAUCCGCGCGUCCAUAUGCAGCAGCACUGGAAGCUGCUCAACAUCCAGGUGGGCAUGAACGACAUGUGCUUCGAGCUGUGCUCCUGGAACGACACCGAGCAGUAUCUGCGCCUGCAGCGACAGCAGGCGUAUCGUGCCUUCAGCAUGCUGCGGGAUCAUGUGCCUCGUCUAAUGAUCAACUGGAUUCUGUUGCCUGACUUGGACGAUUUGCUGCGUACGCUGCGUGGCUUUCCCGGGCAAUGUAAUUUGCGUGUGAUCUGCUCCUGCCUGACGGUCAAUUAUCGUGCCCACUAUCCGGACGCAGUGCGUCGCUUGCAGCGCAUGCAAUGGGAGCUGGCGGCGCUGCCCGAAUUUCGGCGCAGCGACUUUGUGAUUGUGCCGCACCGGCUGUUGGCCAAUCUGAGCGGCAUUGUGUAUACGCAGGGUGGACUGAGCACGCGUUACUUUUCACACGAUUGCAUGCACUUCAGCCAGCGCAUGCAUGCGAUUAUGGCCGGCGCCCUGUGGAACAGCAUGUUGCAGCCGCUGAAUGCCACGGCGGCAAGGGCUUGGCGACGACCCCUGCAGAACAUGCUGUGCCCCAGCGCCGAGCGACCGUUUCUGCGCAUCAGCUAGGCGGAAGUCUAGAGAGUAGGCCUUAAAGUCAAGCAAAGCAAAUAAAUAAAAUAGGCAGCACGCCCCGUUCCAGCCUCUCCGGGCAACCUUGGCGGCG